GUUAAAAACCCAAGAUAGCGACUCGCCAAUUGUUUUGGUGAAAAUUCUAAAGAAAAUCCUUGUUUUCCACGAGUUCUAAUAGUGCUGAAGUGCAUUUUCUACUCCAAUUUAGAAGUUAAUCCCAUUUCCACGUAGAAUUUGUAGAAAUUUCCUGGAGAAAAUGACGGAAACAUCGCAAACAGUGAAGAAUUGUAUAACGCUGAGUGGAUCAGCUGCAAUAAUUUGCGAAUAUUUAAAUUUUGGCGUGAAUUCUGUACUCUUCCAGCGAGGAAUCUACCCACCAGAGAGCUUCUCAACGGUUCAACAGUACGGCUUGACGAUUUUUAUGUCACAAGAUGAGAAGAUCACGGAAUUCCUGAAGAAGGUUCUCACAAAAGCCCAAGAUUGGAUCACAGAGAAUAAAGUGGAGAAGAUCUCUUUGGUCAUUAAGAAUUCUCACACUGCCGAAACGCUGGAAUGCUGGGAUUUCAAGAUUGACAACGAAAAUGAGAAUGUUCCCAGUAAGGAUGGGCAGGAAGUGACAUCGUCGAAGGAUUUGAAGAGGAUUCAGAAUGAGAUUCGUGAUGUAAUGCGACAGAUUAGUGCUACGGUGUCCUUUCUACCUCUUCUGGACUACAUUUGUUCCUUUGACAUCCUCAUCUAUACGCACAAGGAUACAGAAAUUCCGGAACAGUGGGACAACACAGAAGGAGUCUUCAUCCAAAAUGCCCAAUCUGUUCAGCUUAAAUCCUUCUCAACGGGGCUCCAUCAGCUCUCAACUGUGGUUAAUUUCAAGAUGAAUCUCUAAAUUUUCUCAGCUUUUCCACAAAACAAUUGUUUCUCAAAUUCGCCUCCUUCGUUGAGUUUUCAAAUUACAAUAAAAGAAAUGACAAGAACUUAACGAAAA